UAAGAACUUUCGUAGUUUCUAUUUUUUUUCUCAAAAAAAAUUUCAGUGAAAACCAAUGAGAAAAACGUGGCUUAUUAUUGACAAUAGUAUUGGCGAAUUCGAUAAAAAAAAAAAAAAAAAAAGUUGCUCGCUUGUUUGACAGUUUACAAUUGAAUGGCAGACAUCUAAGAUCAAUGUCAUUGCCUGGAAAGUUUAUUUUUAAAAAAAGAACUCAACAAUAACAAUUAAUAUAUACACAAUUACAUUUUUUUCAAAAUCUCAAAAAAGAAUUAUAAAUAAAAAAUUACGCAAAGGAAUAAGAAAAUUUGUUGGAAUUUAUUUAUAGUUUUCAAUUUUCAAAAACUUCCGAAUUUUGAAAGAAAGUAAAAAUAUUUUUUUUGCAACAAAACAAAAACAAGAAACUUUUAUAAAUUUCUCCAAAAUUGUGACAAGAUUAAUUGAAGAAACUGGAGUCGACAUCUCGUAACCGUGGCGAGGGCCGCACAGAUUGGGAACCUGGGGAGUGAAAAUACCAGGGUUCUUGCUAUGGAAGUUGACACAUCGAAUGACAGUGCAAAUGAUGAAAAUUCCGCCAUUAAUACACAACGUUUGGUGAUUGAAAAUGGAGGGCGUUGCAUGAGUACUCAGGCAAUGCAAUCACUUUAUGAUUUACGACAAAAUAAACUUCUUUGCGAUGCUGUCAUUCGACUUGAAGAUGGAGGUGUAUUUCAUAUUCAUAGAGCCAUUUUGUCAGCUUGCAGCACAUAUUUUAGGGCUCUUUUUACAACAACUCUUCACUCAUACGAGCAGACAGACGUUCUUCUUCCUGGUGUCAGUAGUUAUACAAUGAAUCUUCUUCUUGAAUACGCUUAUUUACGAACAUUGGAAAUUAAUUGUGAGAACGUUUGUCAAUUAUUGAUUACGGCUGAUUAUCUCAAUAUUAUUGGAGUUCUUGAUCUUUGUUGUAAUUAUUUAACCGAAAAUUUGGUACCUGAAAAUUGUAUUGGAAUUCUACGAUUUGCAAGAGAACACUUUUGUCAAGGUUUAGAGAACGAUACCUAUCGAUAUGUGAUGCGAAAUUUCGUACAAAUUGCACAGAGAAGCAUUGAAGUAUUGGCAUUACCGAUCGAGGAAUUAAAAACAUUAGUUGGCGCCGAUGAGCUUAAUGUUAAAAAUGAGGAUAUCGUUUGGGAAUUAGUUUUACGAUGGAUUGAUUAUGAUCCAAUUGGAAGAAAAGGACAUAUUGUUGAUUUAAUGAAAAAUAUUCGUUUGGGCCUAUUGGAUACACAAUUUUUUCUCGAAAAUGUCAAAGAUCAUCCGUAUGUGGCUGGCAAUGAAGCAUGUCGGCCAAUUAUCAUUGAGACACUGAAAUUUCUCUAUGAUUUGGAAAUGAUUGCACAAAGAGAUGGUGAAGUGCCAACACCGGAAAUUGCAAGACCACGUGUGCCACAUGAGAUUUUAUUUGCUAUUGGCGGUUGGAGUGGUGGAAGUCCAACUAAUUAUAUUGAAACUUAUGAUACUCGAGCUGAUCGUUGGGUUCAGGUAGAUCAAGUCGAUCCGACUGGUCCACGCGCCUAUCAUGGAACGGCAGUUGUUGGAUUUAAUAUUUAUGUGAUUGGCGGUUUCGAUGGAAUUGAUUAUUUUAAUAGUUGUCGUUGUUUUAAUGCAGUGACUAAAGUUUGGAGAGAAGUGGCACCAAUGAACGCGAGAAGAUGUUACGUAAGUGUUGCUGUUUUAAACGAUAUGGUUUAUGCAAUGGGCGGUUAUGAUGGCUAUAAUCGACAAAAUUCAGCAGAACGUUAUAAUUACAAGAGAAAUCAAUGGUCCUAUAUUGCUCCAAUGUAUUAUCAAAGAUCUGACGCUAGUGCUACCACUCUAAAUGAUAAAAUUUACAUCACUGGCGGUUUUAAUGGACAAGAAUGCAUGAAUACAGCUGAAGUUUAUGAUCCAGACACUAAUCAAUGGACAAUGAUUGCACCACUUAGAUCACGUAGAAGUGGUGUCUCAUGUAUUUCAUAUCACAAUUAUGUUUACGUUAUUGGUGGAUUUAAUGGAGUUUCACGAAUGUGUAGUGGAGAAAAAUAUAAUCCCGAAACAGAUAGUUGGACUCCAAUACCUGAUAUGUAUCAUCCGCGAAGUAAUUUUGCAAUUGAAGUAAUUGACGAUAUGAUUUUUGUUAUUGGCGGAUUUAAUGGUGUCACUACAAUUUUUCGUGUUGAAUGUUACGAUGGAAAACACAAUGAAUGGUACGAAGCAACAGACAUGAAUAUUUAUCGUUCUGCAUUAUCGGCUUGUGUAAUAAUGGGUUUACCAAAUGUUGAAGAUUAUAUUCAUAAGCAUCGUGAACGAUUAAUGGAGGAGAAACGACAAAAAUUACUUGCCCUUGAAAUGACACGCGUACAACAACUUCAAAUACAAAGACAACAUCAGGGAAAUACUAAUAAUAAUAAUAAUACAACUACUACUAAUGUUAAUAAUAAUAUUAAUAAUAAUAAUAAUAUCAAUAGUGUCGUUAAUCUACAAACGACGCAAAAUAAUCAAAAUCAAUCGACCCAACAGCGUUAAAAAAAUUUUUUCGCACUUGUGAAUUUUUAAUAUUUUAAAUUAUCAUUCAAGUUUUGCAUUAUUGUCAAAAAAAAAAAAUUGAAAAAUGAAAAAAAAAUCGAAACUAUACACGAUACACUUUUGAUAUGAAUAUUUUAUAAUAUAUUUUUUUUCGAAGAUUUUUUUCUGAUUUUUUUCGUUUUUGGUG